AUGUAAUAUCAAUUUCCUCUGGAAGUAGCAGUUAACAAUGAUUUUAGAAAAACACAAAGUGCAAAUAAAUGCAGAGGUGGAGAACCACCAAACAAAAUGUACUAGAACUUCACUCAUAAAAAUUAAAGCCAACCCAAAGUUGUGAAUCUCUUUAGAAAUCAUCCUGAUCGAUCUAACCAUUAUUUGAAAACUUCGAUUGAUGUUCAUGAAAUACACAAAUCCAAAAAAUCUGUCACUUCUCAUCAAAGAAUCAAAACUGAGAUUGAUAAACCUAAUGAGUCUAAUAAUUACCCUAACGAGAUUUUAAUGUUUUUAAAUAAAGGUGAGAUUCAGAACAGUAAGUUGAAUGCGUUAAAUAAUCGUAUUGCAACUAAUAAAGGGAAUCGAUUAAAAGCAGUUAAAGUUAAUUAAGGAAGAGAAAUCUAUGAUUGCGAUCAUUCCAAACAAUCUAGUUAACCUGAUCUACAAAUUUAAAUUCUCAGAAAGUCAAGCAACUAUUUAAGGAAUGUUAAUAAGGGCUUGUCGACUCCAAAUAAGAUGGAUGAGAACCCUUAAAUCAACUAUUACUAAUUGAGAAAUCGAAGAAGUAAUUAUACAAGAUCUGACGAUGUGACUCCAUUAAGAAGAUCCGUAUUUUAAUAGAUCCAAGAUUAUAGUGAUACAAAAUUGGAUUAAAUAAAUAUGACAAAGGAGGAAGAUAUAAUGCAGUUUUCAUUUGGAUUACAGUAUAAUAAAUUGAGAGUUUUAAAACGAUUUCCAAAAGACAUAUUUUAUGGGGAUGUUCGAAAGGCUAAGAAAAACUUACAAAUGUUAUGA